AGACUGACACAAAAUGUGUUUUCCCCGAGUCCAGGAUCUGGCUCCAACCGUUGAAAUGCGCGCAAUUAGCCACUAGCCUGGUUAUAAUCCUUGGUAGGAUCAUGACUAGGCUUGGUUCGGCUAGGAUGCCGUUAGUGACCUGACGAUGCGGCGACGGAUCCUCUCGCGACCAGGAAACCGCACAAGCCAAGGACGCCACUCCUGUCACUAGACACGCUGGUGCCAGAGUUGAAGAUGUCAGUUUCAUAUGAUCCCGACUGCGGGUUCUUUCCCCUGGCCAAUCUGUCAGAGGGGAUAGAUUGCUCCUGUUGCACGACCACCCCGCCCAAUCACGAUUCCUCGAGCAGAAUCAGAAGUGUGAAAGUAUCAGAGCUGCAAGAGUAUCAGAGCUCUGAGAUAUUCAGCAUUCACCCCACGGAACGGUUCCGACGAAAUGAGUUUCCUCUUCGGGCGUAAGCCCGCGGUACAGCCCGUUUCAGGAGACCGGGUGCUUCCGCUGCAUUUCUUCGAGAACAGCCCGUUGGUCCAGGGGAAUAACAUGGCCGUGUCGCUUGUUUUCGACGCGGUGCUGGAUCCGGGAAGAUUGCGAGCGUCCCUCGAGGGUUUGGUCAGGCAGGAUGGUUGGCAGCGCCUGGGCGGGCGACUGAGGAAGAAUGCUGCGGGCAAGAUCGAAUGGCACAUUCCAGCGGAAUUCUCCGCGGAAAGACCUGCCAUCUCCUUCGCCCACGUUGACCAUGGUAUGCCGGCAGCUUCUCAUCCGGCAGCCUCUCGGAUCCCGAAACCCCAGCCAGUGCCGGCCAUUGUCGGGGACCCCGACGAAUUGGAGACUCUAGCAUGGGAACCCGGCUACAAGCCUGGUGGAAUCAGCGACUAUCUCACGUCUGACCGGCCUGUUUUGGGACUGCGCGUCCAUUCCUUCACGGACAAGACCAUUGCCGUCCUGCAGUGGCAGCAUGUCGCCUUCGAUGCCCUGGGCUUGCAGUAUGUUGUCGAAGGCUGGAGCGCCAUGCUCUGGGGCAGGUCCGAGGACAUCCCCGUCCCAUGCAAGGUUGACACGGACCCGUUCGACGCGCUGGCUCAAGGCUCUCGUCCCGCCACAGAAGAGCAUCUUCUUGCAGACCGGAGAGUAGGUCUGGGAGGCAUGCUCAAGUGGGGACUCGGGUAUGGGUUUGACAUGCUGGUGCGAGCCAAGGAGAACCGCAUGGUCUGUGUUCCUGAAAAUUUUUGGCGCCCGCAAAUGGAAAAGGCUUUAGAGGAGCUUCGUGCCGAGGCAGUCGCCCAGGGUGAAGACGUCUCGAAAGUUUUUUUGACCGAGAAUGAUGUUUUGACGGCAUGGAUUCUGCGCUGCGUUGUGGGCCAGAUGGAGAUGGCUCCCAACAGGACGGUUGCAGCAUCCCUCGCCAUGUCCCUCCGCAAAGCCUUCGAAGGCGACCUGAUCCCUGCCUCCGCCGAGCACCCCUACGUGGGCAACGCAUUCGGCUGGGCCAACGUCCUAGUCACAGCAGGCGACAUCACCUCCAAGCCACUGAGCUGGCUCGCGCGACAAGUCCGGAAGGCGAUCAAUGAGCAAGGCACGCGCGCCCAACACGAAGCAUAUUACGCGCUCGUGCGCAAGGGAGCCGGCCUGCCGAUCGUCAUCUUCGGAGAUGGCGGCAUGGCGCAGAUUGGCUUCUCUAAUUGGAAUAAGGCGGGGUUGUUUGAUUUGGAUUUCUCGCCUGCGCGUGUGGACCUCGAUGGUAAGAGUGAUGGUGGUGGUGGUGGUGGGCCGUGUAGGCCGUCGUAUGUUCAAGAGAAUCAUGGGCCGAUUAAACCUGCGGAUGGUUUCUUUAUCUUUGGAAAGGAUGAGAGGGGCAAUUAUUGGACUUCGGCGUGUAAGGUUCAGGGACAAUGGGGGAAGUUUCAAGCGCAGUUGAAUAAGGAUUUUGAGGUGGAGACUUAGUUGGGAUGUCUUUACUCGUUUGUUUAUAUAUUAAUAAUCUUUAAUGUAUAUGAAAUAUUCAGUGUGAACAGCAGG